AUGGCACCCCUCAAACUCAGUAGCAGGAAUCUGUCGCAAAUUGCGGCGGCCGGCGGUGCGCUGGUGAAGGUGCCAACCUACCAGCGCGGUCGCGCCGUCAAGGAGGGAAUCGUCCACAUUGGCGUCGGCGGCUUCCACCGGGCUCACCUGGCCGUCUAUGUCGACCAGUUGAUGCAGAAGCACGGUGUUACCGACUACGCCAUUUGUGGCGUUGGCUUGCAGCCCUUCGACGCCGCCAUGCGCGACGCGUUGGCAUCCCAGGACCACCUCUACACCCUCAUUGAGCGUUCGGCCAAGGGAAGCUUUGCCCACGUCAUUGGCAGCAUCAACUCCUACCUCUUCGCCCCUGAUGAUCGGGAGGCGGUUAUUGCCAAGAUGGCGCACCCUGACACGAAAAUUGUCUCCCUCACCAUCACCGAGAGCGGUUACUACUACAACGAGAACACACACGAGCUGCAGAGCGAGCACCCGGACAUUCAGUUCGACCUCGACCCGGCCAACGACAAGGCACCGCGCACCACGUUCGGCUUCCUCUACGCGGGCCUGACCCGGCGCUACCAGCAGGGACUCAAGCCCUUCACCGUCAUGUCGUGCGACAACAUGCAGAAGAACGGAUCCAUCACACGUCAUAUGCUUGAGUCGUUUGCGCGCCUGCGCAACCCGGAGGUCGCGGAAUGGAUUGCCGAGGAAGGCGCCUUCCCGAACGCCAUGGUCGAUCGUAUCACACCCCAGACAUCAGACACCGACAAAACGGCACUCGCAGACAACUUUGGCAUUGUGGACUCCUGGCCCGUGGUCACCGAGCCGUUCACUCAGUGGGUCAUCGAGGACCAGUUCUCCGACGGCCGCCCCCCAUUCGAGAAGGUUGGUGUCCAGGUUGUCAAGGAUGUCCACGCCGUGGAGCAGUUCGAGAAGCACAAGCUGCGCCUGCUCAACGGCAGCCACUCUGCUCUGGGCUACCCCGGUCAGCUGGCUGGCUUCAAGUACGUCCACGAGGUCAUGGAGAACCCGCUCUUCCGCAAGUUCGUCUGGCAGAUGAUGCAGGACGAGGUCAAGCCCCUCUUGCCCGAGAUUCCGGGCGUCAACAUUGACGAGUAUUGCAACACGCUCAUGGAGCGCUUUACCAACCCAACAAUCAUGGACCAGCUGCCCCGUAUCUGCCUCAACGCUUCCGGCAAGAUUCCCCAGUUCAUCAUGCCCUCGAUUGCCGAGGCGAUCUGGGUUACUGGCCCCUUCCGUCGCCUGUGCUUCGUCGCGGCCGCUUGGUUCCAUUACGUUAACGGCGUCGACGACAGUGGCAAGCCGUUCGAGGUCGUCGACCCGAUGCGCGAGGAGCUGCAGGCCAAGGCUCGCGCAGGAGGCUCCGACCCGCUCGAGCUGCUCAGCAUCAAGAGCCUGUUCGGUGACGACUUGCGCAGCGACAAGCGGUUCCUCCAGGAGAUCACCACCGCUAUGAAUGACAUUGCCCGGGACGGCAUCAUGAAGACGCUUCCCAAGUACAUUGACUGA